CUGAUGUGUAUGUUUUAUGUAGGGGUUGGAAGGGUGGAUUGCAGAGUUGUGGAUUUAUAGUUGGGGUUGGAGUAGGGAGGUGAGGGUUGGGUGGUGUGAUCUGCGGAGGAGGGACAGUCGGGUAGAGGGGGGUUUUAUUUGAGGUGGUAGUCUGGUGGAGUUUUAUGUGGAGAUGGUGUGAUAAGGGUAUAUUGAUCUGGUGCGGGGAAUGGGAGUGGAGGUUUUAGAAGGGUGUUGGAGUGCAUUGACUGCGUGCCAUUGUGGAGAUGUGUGGCGGAUUUGAAGGCGUUUGAUUUGAGGUGAUCUGGUUUGGGAGGGUGUAGUGUGAAUGAGUUUGGGGGUGAGGCUGUGGCGGAUUCAGUGUCCCACGGUAGAUGAAUUUGGGCGUGAUGGAAAGGAGGGAUCUCGCAUUGAGGAGAUGAGGCUCUGCGUAAUUGGCGGGUCGUGACGUUGAGAGCCAUUGCCCGGGAGUGGAUAGAGAGACUGCAGACGUGAGUGCCGGAAGGUUAGGGUGGGGGUGAAGGAGUUAGCGAUGGAGGCAGGUGGCCGGCCCAUGGGUCCUGCUACAGCGGAGUACUAUUUGCCCAACUACAAGCUGGGGAAAACCCUAGGGAUUGGGUCUUUCGGGAAGGUGAAAGUGGCAGAACAUUCACCCACUGGCCACAAGGUGGCUAUUAAAAUUUUAAAUCGACGGAAAGUCAAGAUGAUGGACAUGGAGGAGAAAGUGCGGCGUGAGAUCAAGAUUUUGCGACUAUUCAUGCAUCCCCACAUCAUACGCUUGUACGAAGUUAUCGAGACACCGGCAGACAUAUUUGUGGUGAUGGAAUAUGUAAAAUCAGGGGAGCUGUUUGAUUACAUUGUUGAGAAGGGACGUCUAGGUGAACAUGAAGCUCGACGAUUUUUCCAGCAGAUUGUGUCCGGAGUGGAGUAUUGUCAUCGGAACAUGGUAGUUCAUCGUGACUUGAAGCCAGAGAACUUACUUCUUGAUUCCAAGUCUAACGUCAAGAUUGCUGAUUUUGGGUUAUCCAAUGUUAUGAGGGACGGUCAUUUCCUCAAAACUAGCUGUGGAAGUCCAAAUUAUGCUGCUCCAGAGGUCAUUUCAGGGAAGUUAUAUGCCGGUCCCGAGGUGGAUGUGUGGAGCUGUGGCGUUAUUCUGUAUGCUCUUUUGUGUGGUUCUUUACCCUUUGACGACGAAAACAUUCCAAAUCUGUUUAAGAAAAUCAAGGGUGGCAUCUACACUCUGCCUAGUCAUUUAUCACCAGGAGCAAGAGAUCUCAUUCCAAGAAUGUUGCUUGUAGACCCGAUGAAGAGAGUAACAAUUCCUGAGAUUCGGCAGCAUCCAUGGUUUUUAAAUCAUUUGCCCCGUUACCUUGCAGUUCCCCCUCCUGAUACAACUCAGCAAGCUAAACGGAUUGACGAGGAAAUAUUGGAGCGGGUUGUUGCAUUGAAUUUUGAUCGGGACCUACUUAUUGACUCACUGCUAAACCGCGUGCAAAACAAGGCCACUGUGGCAUAUUAUUUGAUGCUGGACAACCGUCGGCGGCUUUCAAAUGGUUAUCUUUGCUCUGAAUUCAAUGAGGGAAAGGAGCACUUGAUGUCUCCAAUGGAUGCAUUUAACGGGACGCCAAGAUCUGGUUAUCCUCGAACUUUAACCCACAUGUCUAGUAUGGACCGAAGAAGUGCAUCGCCCUCUGGGCUACAACAUAGGGUUGUAGCUGAGAGGAAAUGGGUUUUAGGUCUCCAGUUACGAUCACACCCUAAAGAGAUAAUGAAUGACGUUUUGAAGACCCUCCGCGAUCUGGGCAUCAACUGGAAGAAGACAGGGGCUUACAACUUGAAGUGCCGAUGGGUUGCACCAGGCCAAAAUUCGAAUGACACGACUGCAGAGAAUCAUAGCCUUCCUGAUUCCCCAAUGGCUGGAUCUAUGCCUAGAGCUUCUUCUUGCCGCUGGUCUUCUGAGCAGCACGGAGUUUCUGGUUCAGUGGCUGCUGGAAACAGAGAUAACGAGAGUGGCGUCGAGAGUAAUGUCCUCAAGUUUGAAUUGCAGCUCUUCAAGUUGCGAGAAGAGAAGUAUUUGCUGGACCUGCAAAGAGUAGUGGGUCCCACAUAUCUCUUUCUCGACCUAUGCGCAGCUUUCCUAGCGGAGUUACGGGUGCUGUGAGAUACGGAGGGUCGCUAUGUUUUGAUUGAUGUCCGAUUGGAUGUGUACAUGACAGAGGAAAUUCUGGCAUAAGUCUUGAGAUCCUGCUGUAAGGCAAUUUAACUGAGUCUACAAAGCCCUUGUAUUAUGGAAGCGACCCUCGGGAAUCGUUUAUGUAUAGUAAUUAGGGUUUGAAGCUCAAGUAGGCCCAAAGGCAGGUGAAGUCAAUCAGGCGCUUUGAUUUCUUUGAACUUCUGAACUCACCCAAAGCACAUCAGGUUGGAAAAUUAAAGAAGUCUAUUGGCUUCAUUUGUUCCCUGCCUCUUCCCGCAGUACUCAGGUAGGAGUGAGUGGGAUUACCUACUCACAUCAAUCCGCUAACGUGACAUUUUAAGUAUCUUUUCAGCUUCUUGGUAGCCCGUUCCAGCGAUACAGCAUCGGCAAUUUGAAUUCUUACAGUCUGAGCCUUGUUGGUCAUGAGCUUCUUGAUUUCAACAAGGUAAGGUUGUGUUCGGUUUCACUUUUCUGGUCUCGCUUGGUUAUGUGCUUCUCUUGUGUUGAUCUUACCUAGGUCUAUCAUUUGAGAAUUAUGGCUAGUCUUGGUAUGGUUGACCACUAUGGAAUGUAUAUGGGUUCUUCUAAGUAAUGCAUUUAGAUAGCAUUCUUGUGC